GCCGGUAGUAGUGAGCGAGCGCGGACUCCGCCGGCGGGACGUCCCGAGGGAACCCCGCGGCUGGAAAGAGGACGGCGUCGAGCUCCUCGGCGUUUUCCCUGGCUUGGCGCCGGCCGGGUCCGGGAGUUGCGUUCCUGGGCUCCUGCGGUGAUUUUUCUGCGGGCGCCGUCCUUCCUUGCCCGGCGGAGUUGGGCUGUGCCCAUUGCCCGGACUGGAUCAGUGAGUCCUUUUGCCCGAGAGGUCGUCGGUUCGCGCCUUACUCACCCACCCACCCAGGGGCGCUUGGAGGGGGCUGCUGCCCGGGCUGUUCCUUGGGCGAUGGCUGCAGAUGUCUCCCGAUGGGGGUGGUGCCAGGGAGGCGAGGCCAGGCUGGCUUCUUCGGCAGGUCUGGUGCUCCGUGCUGGCCCUUAAGGGGGUUUUAGGAUGGCUGCUUUCUCCUCGUCGUCCUCUUUGCCCGCCGGCCGGCUGCUCCCUGAGCCCUGCUGCAGCAGCGUGGACAGGACGCGGUCCUUGACAUGACUGUCACCUCGGCCCCAGUGGCCCCCCAUAGCAUGGAUAAGGCCUACAUCGCCCUGGAGCUGGGCAUCGCCGUGUUGUCCAUCGUGGGCAACGUCUUGGUCUGCUGGGCGGUGGCCAUCAACAGCACCCUGAAGAACGCCACCAACUACUUCCUGGUCUCCCUGGCGGUGGCCGACAUCGCCGUGGGCCUCCUGGCCAUCCCCUUCGCCAUCACCAUCAGCAUCGGCUUCUACACCGACUUCCACUGCUGCCUCUUCUUGGCCUGCUUCGUCCUGGUGCUCACCCAAAGCUCCAUCUUCAGCCUCUUGGCCGUGGCCGUCGAUCGGUACUUGGCAAUCAAGAUCCCCCUGAGGUACAAGAGCCUGGUGACGGGGAAGCGAGCCCGGGCCCUCAUCGCCGUCCUCUGGCUCCUCUCCUUCAGCAUCGGCCUCCUGCCACUGAUGGGCUGGAACAGCUGGGAGACGGCCUCCUGGAACUGCACGAGCCCCGCCAACAUGACCCGGAGGGCUGACUGCGUGGUGGAGUGCCUCUUCGAGAACGUGGUCACCAUGAGCUACAUGGUCUACUUCAACUUCUUCGGCUGCGUCCUUCUGCCCCUCCUCAUCAUGGUGGGCAUCUACAUCAAGAUCUUCAUAGUGGCUUGCAAGCAGCUGCGCCAGAUGGAGCUCAUGAGCAAGUCCCGGACGACCCUCCAGAAGGAGGUCAACGCCGCCAAGUCGCUGGCCAUCAUCGUGGGCCUCUUCGCCCUCUGCUGGCUGCCCCUCCACAUCCUCAAUUGCUGCACCCUCGUCCGCCAGAAGAAAAACCCGCAGUGGGCCAUGAACGGGGCCAUCAUCCUCUCGCACGCGAACUCGGUCGUUAACCCUAUCAUCUAUGCCUACAGGAUCCGGGACUUCCGGUCUACCUUCCACAAGAUCCUCUCGCGCCACCUCUUCUGCAAGGCCGAGGACUUCCACAAACACCCCGGCAACGGCAACAGCAGCCGGGAGGUGGCCGUCAGCAACAUCAGCGUAAGCCCCGCCUCUCUGAGGUCCGCUUCGGCGCUUCCAGCGGGCCCUCACAACUGACCCGGUUUCGUAUUAUCGUUUUUCUGGUUGGUUUUAAUUUUUUUUUUAAUGAACGUGCCUCUCGGAGGAAUCCUACAGUUAACUUACAUGCUGUCUGAGCCCCUGACGGAUCAAACUUUUUUUGGGGGGUGGGGACAAUAUUUGUUUUCCCACUCAAUAACGGGACAUUUGAAUUCCUGCUUCCGUGGCGGGGGGGGGGGGGGGGGCGGAACAGGUUUUCCGACUAUGCUGCUGAGGAGGGGCAGGGAUUGUCCUAGAUUUUUUUUAAAGAGGAAAUUGCUCAAAAGUAAUUUACAGGGGAAGAUUGGGGAACAGUGUGGUUUGUGUCCACUUAUGCGAUUGUUGUCCCCCCUGCCCCCACAAGAAUAAAGGCCCGUUCUUUUCUCUUUCCCUUUGAUUUUUCCCUGUUUGUAAAUUUUGUCAUCACCUGUUUGAUGCCACUGGUAUUCUCGAAUGGGAAACAGUCCAAUGUCGGCCAGUUAUGGUAUAAAUCAGUGUUUAUUUUUUAAAAUGGUGGAAGAAAGUGUGCGUGUGUUUGAGUGUGUGUUUGUGCGCGUGAAGGAGGGAAUUGUGGGAGGUUAUCAUUGGCUCAAAGGACAGCCCUGUUGUAUUUUUUUUUUUUAAAUAAAAGCAAUUGUCUGGUCAUUCA